UUCAAGUUCGUAGGGACGUCACGUCCGCACUUGAACUUGCAGCUCAGGGGGGCUUUUGCCAUUUUUUUCAUCUCUCUCUCUCUCUCUCUUCUUUCCCCCCCGACUGUUUCUCCCUCUCUUGCACAGAAAGGAAAAAAAGAAAAAGAAAAAGCCAUGACUGCUAUCCCACAAUUCAUCUUCCCCGCGCCAUCUUUGUAUUAUUUCUAAUUUAUUUUGGAUGUCAAAAGACAUUGAUGAAGGUAUUUUCUCUGGAGUCUCCUUCCUUGCUCACCCGGCGCUUCCCGAUGUGAUCCGAGCGAGAGAGCUCCGUGCGCGCCCGCCCGAGCAACCAACACCACAAUGUCUCGCCGCAAGCAAGGGAAACCCCAGCACUUAAGCAAACGGGAAUUUUCGCCUGAACCUAUUGAAGCCAUUCUUACAGAUGACGAACCAGAUCAUGGUACUUUGGGAGCUCCAGAAGGCGACCACGACCUCCUUACCUGUGGCCAGUGUCAGAUGAACUUCCCUUUGGGGGAUAUUCUUAUUUUUAUUGAGCACAAACGGAAACAAUGCAAUGGCAUUCUUUGCCUAGAGAAGGCUGUGGAUAAGCCCCCUUCGCCCUUGCCAAGCGAGCUGCGAAAAACUUCCAAUCCUGUGGAGGUUGGCAUCCAGGUCACACCUGAGGAUGACGAUUGUUUGUCAACGUCAUCUAGAGGAAUUUGCCCCAAGCAGGAACAUAUAGCAGAACGGGUCCGCAACUUCUGGUCCGUGGACUGGCACCAGUCGGCAGCAUACCAGAAAUCGGGCUGCGCAAACAAGCGCAGUGCAGGCAGCACAUGAAAUAACAUUCCCAUCGGUCUGCAGAAAAACCUCACUCCAUGGAACCAGUCCCUGGUGCCCAAAAGGUUGGGAGUCAUUGGUCUAGAACAAUUAAUGAAAGUGAGAAGGAGUGACUAUUUUGCAAAAAGCAUUAAUUUGCUGUUUGACAAGUCGCUUUUUGGGGACUCCAACCAUAUUUUUAAAAUGUAUCAAUUAAUACUUGCUGAUAUUCAGUUGUGAAUAUAUUUUAUGUAUGUAUGUGGAAUGCAAAUAAUGUAAACUUUUGAGAUUAUAAAAUGGGGUCCUUCUGUGAGUUCCAAGUCUUUUUUAUGGAUAGAU